CGUACGAGAGAGAAAUGAAGAAGCUAAUCCGACGGCUGUCAACUCUGUUGGAUGACAGGCAGUACGAUCGGCUGAAGACGAGCGAGGAUCCGCACGAACGCAGCUCACGCCGCCGGGUGAGACGGUGGCGGUCGAUGGUUCCGCCGGGGCACGUGCCAGUCUUUGUAGGCGAGGAGAAGGAGUGGUUCGCAGUCGCGGCGGAGCAUCUCGGCAGCCCAGCGUUUAAGGAACUGCUCCGGCGAUCCGAGGAGGAGUAUGGUUACGAGCAGAGCGGUGUGCUGCGAAUCCCGUGCUCCGUCCAGCUGUUCUGCCGAGUGCUCAGUUCACUCUCCGGCGAUUCUUCCGGCGUUCAUCGGAAGUUGGGGAAUAAGGAUUAUGUUAACCAACCUGUGAAAUGCGCCUACUGAUGCAUGCUAAUUUGCAGAAAGACUUAUAU